AUGGCUUUCCAAUAUCGACAACUUGAAGCAUCUUUGGCUAGCGAGAAGCUUGGUCGUUUAUCGUCUGACUCUACUUCAACUCUGCAAGCGAUUGAUGAUCUCGACUAUUUAUCAGACAAAACAGAAUUGGGUUACAAAACCUCCCUCCGCGAAUCAGCCUCAGGAUGGAUUAAAUCGAAAUGGCCCUGGGUUGCACAUGUAGCUUCGCUUGUUAUCUCAUGCGGGAUGCUCGCCAGCGCGCUAAUAUUGCGAUCAUCCACUCUGCUUCUUGUUCGUCAGAUUUCUGCUUGGUCGCCCGCCGACAUCUCUGUUAGAUACGAUCAUGUUCGAUACAACCUUACAACAAAGGGUAAUCCCUUCGUAGGUGUUGGCCCCGAGGUCGAUAGAGUUUGGAGGGAGAUUUCGUACGAUAUGGGAGACCAGUGGAUAUCAAAGUCCGACUUAUGGAAGUUGGAUAUGCCAGAGACUUCGCUCAAGACCAACCAUCCUACCACUGGGGAGGAAGGGUACAGAGUUGGCAUGGAAGUCUUUCACCAUUUGCACUGCCUCAAUCUUCUGCGACGAGUCACCUAUAAGGAAUACUACGAACCUCUUGGCGGAGAGUUUGCUCAUGGCCCGGAAGCCCUCCAAGCUCACACAGAUCACUGCAUCGAAGUACUUCGCCAAAAUAUUCAAUGUAACGCGGAUAUCGGUCUCUUCACUUUCUAUAUGAUUCCAGACGAUCCGCUUGCUUGGCCCGAAUUGAACUCGAAGCAUGUCUGUCGAAAUUUUGACAACGUGCGCGAGUGGGCGCUAGACCACUCAGUGGGAAAUAUGGAGGUGCUGGAGGACUAG